GUGAGAGGUCUCAGCUGUGGCCCCUGAGCGCUGUCCUUCACAUUAUAACCUGCCGACGUCUGGAUAUUCAGCAUGGGUAAAGGGUUUGGUGCCGAGAAUAUGGGGAAGAAGAAAAGGAAGGAGAGGGACUUGGAUGAGCUGAAGAAGGAAGUGUCCUUGGACGACCACAAGCUCACUUUGGAGGAUCUGGGAAAACGCUAUGGAGUGGACCUCACACGGGGCCUGACCAACGCCAAAGCCCUGGAGGUUCUGGAAAGGGACGGUCCGAACACCCUGACCCCCCCGCCCACCACCCCCGAGUGGGUCAAGUUCUGCCGUCAGCUCUUUGGCGGCUUCUCCAUCCUGCUCUGGAUCGGUGCCAUCCUCUGCUUCCUGGCCUACUCCAUCCAGGUGGCCACAGAGGACGAGGCGGUCAAUGACAAC